AAAAGAAGAGGAAACGCUCGCAGCUGCAUGAAUCUGGCAGUGAGCAUUAAAGAACCACCUCACAGAAACCUAAACAUCCCCUUCCAUAAAAAGUCAAAAAGUUACGUGUUCGACUCCAAUACUCGCACAACAAACCCCGAUUGUGCGGAGGCAUUUUCCAACGUAUUCUGUGAUGGUGGAACCCAAAUUCGUGCAGAAAUUGGCACUCCGGGGGUUAGAGUUGAUGCAGACGGUCAUGGCUGCAUCCUCAAAUCCUACAUUUAAUGGCAUCAAGAAUAUCAUGUUCGGCAGAAGUAGUAGUAGUGCGAAUGGCCUUAACGUUGUGAUUACGGCUGUGGUGGGAGUUGCGCUGGCUGCUGCCCUCGGCGGAGCUGUCAUUUACUCCAAAAGGGGAUCUUUCAGAUCACAUUGGGCUCAUAAAAGAAAGCGGCACCCUCUUUCACGUCAGCAGUGGUCAACUGCCUUUCUACCAGACGGUCGUCUUGCUGAUGGGGGACUUAAGGUCUUGAAACAAGUACGCAGUGGGGGCAUUGACUCAAGUAUAAGAGCUGAAGUUUGGCCAUUCCUUCUUGGAGUAUAUAGCUUGAACAGUUCAAAAGAAGAAAGGGAUCUUGAAAGAAAUCACAAAAGAGAGGAGUAUGAACAGCUGAGAAUACAGUGCCAGUGUCUGCCAAAUGAAGAAAUUAGUGAGAUGAUCAGCGAGGUAAUUAAUUGCAGUACAGAAGCACAGGAAUUUGGAUCACAAGAAGCUGAUGCAUUUUCUCACUCAGUUAAAGACACAGGAAUGACAAGUGAACCUAUUUUUAGAGAAGUGGACAGUCAAGAUGAAGAGGAUUCGAAGUUGUUGGAGUCCUCUCCUGGUAACAGUUUGCAAGUAAAGUAUGACACCUCAUCAGAUAAUGAAUCCAUCACUGAAGAUGAUCUCAACUCAAACAAAUUUUCUGAUAGUCAUAAGAAUGGAAAUGGAAAAACUGAGGCCUUCUCAGAUAUUGAAUCUUCAGUUGAAGAUAAUUCCAAUCUGGAUGAUUUUUCUGCUAUGGUAAAGGAUAGGCACCAAGAAAAAAACACAUCAGCAGAUAUCGAAUACAAGGUUGACAGGAUAGAGUGGCUGAAGAAAACCCGUCCUAAGGCAUUGGAAGAUUUCAGUACAUGGCAGAGGAUAAUUCGUCUUGAUGCUGUACGUAUGAAUGCAGAAUGGGUACCUUACUCUUCUUCCCAGGCAAAUGUUACAGAAGAAGAAGCAUCCAGGUUAGCUUCCCUUGUGGGAUUGAAAAAUGAUGAGCACCUAGAACCAUGUCAGAAGCAUCAUGCAGCAAGAUUAGUUGCAAUCCUUGAAACUUAUGCUCUAUAUGACCCAGAGAUUGGAUAUUGUCAAGGAAUGAGUGAUCUUCUCUCUCCUUUUGUGGCAUUGACGGAUGAGGAUUAUGAAGCUUUCUGGUGUUUUGUCCACUUUAUGCAUGUUGCCCGUGACAAUUUUAGAUUAGAUGAAGUGGGUAUUCGCAAGCAACUGAAUAUGGUAGCAAGAAUUAUCAAAGCUAAAGAUCCACACCUGUAUAAGCAUUUAGAGAAACUUGAAGCUCAAGAUUUUUUCUUUGUGUACAGGAUGGUGGUAGUGCUUUUUAGAAGAGAGCUGACAUUUGAGCAGACACUUUGUUUGUGGGAGGUCAUCUGGGCAAAUCAAGCAGCUGUUAGAGCAGGAAUAAAGAAAUCAGCUUGGAGGAAGGGUAAGCGGAGGGCUCCUCCCAGUAAUGAUUUGUUAUUGUAUGCAAUAGCAGCAUCUGUCUUGCAAAAAAGGAAUCUCAUUAUUGAAAAGCAUACUGGAAUGGAUGACAUUCUUAGAGAGUGCAACAGCAUGGCAGGUCAUUUGGAUGUUUGGAAACUCCUGGAUGAGGCCCAUGACUUAGUGGCUGCCCUUCAUGAUAAAAUAUAAUACAACAAUUAUUUUGGGUCAUUUUUUUUGGUUUAUGAAAUAUAAUCUUCGUUGAGUUGUGCCCCUAAACCCUAUGCACGGAUGGUGCUCCCGUUUAAUAGUAUUAGUUUUUCUUGAGCUUCUAAUUAAAAUCUUUAGACUUUAAUAACCAUUUGACUGGAAAGCUUGAAUUAUUCUUUGUCAAAUUGUUGAAUAAUUUAGCUUCUAGUUAUAUAAAAUAUCAUUGUACUAUAGCUUCUAGCUUAACCUCUCUAUGUGAUAAAAUGCAGGACUCUCUGAAUUUGAAAGGUUGUUA